CAAAGAGGUGGCACAUUUUCAUUUUUGUCAUGCCAAAUUUUGAGAUAUUUUUUUACUAAAAAUAAAAUCACUCCUAGUACCUUACCGCAUACUCCUGAUUUCGGAAUAGUUUUUGACAUUGAUGGAGUUCUUAUGAGAGGAACUAAAACUAUUCCUGCAGCUGUGAGCGCAUCCGAUAUGUUGUACGAGAAAAAUGGUAAAUGGAAGGUUCCUGUCAUUUUUCUGACCAAUGCUUCCAAUGUAACCAAAGAUGCUAAGGCUGAAGAAAUUUCAAAAGUCUUACACAGAACAGUUCUUCCCUCGCAGGUUGUGACCCCUCAUUCUGCCCUACGGCUUUUCUCCACGUAUUUUGACAAACAUGUUGUAGUUUGUGGGUAUGGCCCCGUAAAGCAUCUCGCCCAAAGUAUUGGAUUUAAGAAAUGUUCUACAAUUGAUGAAAUCUCUCGAGUCUUCCCCUGGUUAGAUGCUUGCAAACCGAGAAAUGAGCUCUAUAAUGGUGGCGUAAUUGUGAAUGACUUCUCAAAAAUUGAGGCAGUUGUUUUGUUGGGAGAGCCCGAAAGAUGGGAACACAGCUUGCAGAUUCUACUUGAUAUUCUUAUACAAGGUGGUGAUUUGAAUAAAACUCCAGAUGAAUACCUGGCGCAGAGAUCUCAGCCCCACCUACCACUUUUCGCCUGUGGAAGUGAUUUAGUUUGGUCGAGCGAUGCUCCAAGUCCUCGAAUUGCUCUGGGAAGUUUUCUUAGUUGUCUACAAACGCUUUAUGAGAGGUUAACAGGACGACAUCUCAUCUGUACUGGAACGUUGGGGAAACCCAGUCCAUCGGCCUACAUGUUCGUAAUGGUUCAGUGCAAUGCGAUUGCUGCCAAGGAUUUCGGUGCUACAAGACCUCUUAAACGGAUUUAUUGUAUCGGAGAUAAUCCAGAAGUUGAUGUCUACGGUGCCAAUCUUUUCAAUCUCUGUCUCCAGAAUAUAUCCGAAGAAGUUUUCAACUCAUCUUUCCAACAGGUCAGCUCCCUGGUUCAAGAUGAAAAUCCAAGCCUCUUUCCAAAUUCGAUGCCAAGCUUCAACUUUCGAGCGAGCGAGAAUGAACAGAUUAAGGCAAGAGAAAUCGACUGGAGUAGUCUAAUUCAUGGAUCUGGGUCUAUGUCUCAGAUUAUCAACGAAUUGUCUAAAGAGACUCCAAAAAGGAGACUCGAUUGCUCUUUUGAACCUAUACUGGUUACAUCUGGAGUCUAUCAUGAAUCCGAUGGAGAGCCACACAAUUGGCGUGGUCUGCUUAGUGCCCAUAAAAAAUUUCCCCAUUUGGAAUUUCUCUAUCGACCCCGCCUUGUAUCAUCAAAUGCUGCCGAAGCCGUCUCUACGAUUCUACGAAUGGAAAGUAGUCAGGAAAGUGCUGAUGACACCAAACUUGAAUCCUAG